AUGAAAUCCUUCCGCCUCACUGCGCGACACUUGAAACCAACACAGCCCAUCCCUACACGCCAGGCAAUCCACAACAUCGCAAAACCAACAGCUAAAAUGUCAUCAUUCACAAUCCCCAACUCAAAGUUCCACGUCAAUAGUAUCCCAGACCUAUCCCAAAACGAGUUACUCUCAUUCCCAGCCUUCAAAGUGUGGAUAAGCACCCUCCAGCAAUCGCUCACGCGACAAGAACACCCCUCGCACGAGUUCCACCAUGACCCAUACGUACUACGAAAAAUCGACAUCCAAGCCAUCGACCGAUUCGGCGGUGGAAGGCUAGGCUUCAUCAAACUCAAAGCCGAGGUAUCGAAUAGCCAAGGCGAGACAUUGCCCGGAAGCGUAUUCUUACGCGGAGGCAGUGUGGGAAUCUUGCUCAUUCUCCAACCGGAUGACAUAUCCACACCGACUGAAAAUGACAAGCGCGCUAUCCUGACUAUCCAGCCCCGCAUCCCGGCUGGGUCCUUGGGGUUCCCAGAGAUUCCGGCCGGGAUGCUCGAUGAUAGUGGGACGUUUGCUGGUGGCGCAGCGAAGGAGAUUGAAGAGGAAACUGGACUACGGGUUGCGCAAGAGGAUUUGAUUGAUAUGACUUCGCUGGCUUUGCAGGCUGCGCAGGAGCCUGGGUUCGGUGAGCGGCUUCAGAGUGCUGUUUAUCCGUCUCCGGGUGGGAGUGAUGAGUUUAUUCCAUUGCUUUUGUGUCAAAAGUCUAUGGCGCGGAAGGAGAUUGAGGAGUUGCAGGGGAAGUUGACGGGAUUGAGGGAGCAUGGGGAGAAGAUUACGCUUAAGGUUGUGCCGUUGGCGGAUUUAUGGAAGGAAGGACUGAGAGAUGGGAAGACUUUGGCUGCUUGGGCUUUGUAUCAGGGACUCAAGCAGGAAGGGUUGCUUUGA